CCUUGAACCUUGAACGUGGACACCGGGGGGUGCGAUGCAACGUUGGUAGAGGCAUGUGGGUUUGACUACGUGUAAAUCUUGUGUUAAACUAAUGCCCUCGACUUAGGAAGCAGCAAGCGUUGGCUCGACGGUUUGUCAAGACUUGGCUUUGAUUGAAGUAAGGCAAAACGGGGCUUAGAAUUAAGGUACGUCGUACCUGUCAUGCGAUUGCAUGUAUGUAAAAAAAAAAUACUAUGUAUGUAGGCCCGUUGACAUUCAUUGUAGGCCAUUGUACGAUUUUCAUGUAUAAUUUUCAAGCAGGCUGUGACAGAACCAAACGCCGACAAGGACCUUUCUGUUAAUGUUACAAGACAGCUGAAGUUUGUACGACUUCUGCACGACUAUCCUACGAAUUUCCUCAGCUCACGAUCGUAAGCAUUUGGCCUAGUCUGCCUUUGUCGUUUCAACUAUAUACUUAAGAUUUAGACUUUAUAUUAACCUUAAUUCGAUAUCACGUGAAAACGAGUCAUGACAAGGCAGUUUCUUUGGCUUGUUGCUCACUUGUUAUUUUGCAGAUUCAUUUGAGACUAGAGGGGACAUGGCAAUGCUCAGAGCACAACUGCGGACAGGCGGUUCCAUGCCCCUUUUAGGACUGGGUACAUGGGCGGCACUUGAAGGAGAAUGCUGUAAGGCCGUGAAGACAGCUCUAGAUCUCGGUUAUCGGCACAUCGACACGGCUGAGAUCUACCUGAACGAGAGGGAAAUCGGGCAGGCUCUCACGGAGAAGAUGGGAGAAGGUGUGAAGAGGGAGGAUCUCUUUAUUGUCACCAAGCUGUUUGAAACCCGUCACCAUCCCGACGAUGUCUUACCGGCCUGCCAGAACAGUCUGCAAAAACUGGGACUAGACUAUCUGGACUUGUACCUCAUGCACUGGCCUUAUGCCAGCAAGAGGGGUGAUAACCUACAUCCAGUCGAUGAAAAUGGGCAGCGUGCAUACGGCGACACCCACUAUCUCGACACGUGGAAGGCAAUGGAGAAACUUGUGGACGCAGGACUGGUGAAGGCCAUUGGUCUGUCCAACUUCAACAUCUCACAGAUGGAGGAAAUCCUGACCAAUGGGAGGAUCAAACCAGCUGUCAAUCAAGUUGAGAGCCACCCGUACCUAACAUGUAACCGACUGCUGAAAUACUGCACGGAAAAGGGGAUUGUGAUGACAGCUUACUGCCCUCUAGGAGCUCCGGGGGUACAUGGCAGUGAUUAUACUUCUGCUUUAAACGAUCCCAUCAUCAAAACUAUAGGAGACAAGUAUGGAAAAUCAGCGGCACAGGUGUGUCUAAGGUGGCAGGUACAAAGGGGUGUGGUUGUCAUUCCAAAGAGCUCAAAUCCUUCAAGGUUGAAGGAAAACUCCCAGAUCUUUGAUUUUGAACUGAGUGAGGAGGAUAUGGCAGCUGUCAAUGAUCUGAACAGAGACGCAAGGAUUCUGAAGAAGGAAGAAUAUCAGCGUCAUCCUCACUGGCCGUUUGGGGAGCCGUUCUAGACAAACAACAACAACCCGGCGACAAACAACAACAACCGGAACAUGCCACCUUUGGCACUGAUCAUAAAGCCUCAGCAAGUUAAUUCAAUGGAUGACAUCCUCUGCAGACUGCAAAUUUAAUGAGAUAGGGUGUAAAAUAAUAAGAUUGGUAAAAAAACAAGAUGGCUUACAUCCAGAAACAGUAGCAAGAAUUGAAGUGACAUAACAGAAGUGAACUUGUGGUUUCUAUACUGGCGCCAGUUCUUCAACUAUCUUUAAUAAAUAAUUUAGAAUCUGUGUGUCAUUCAUCAAUGACUCAUCACUGAGGGCCAACAGUGUCGAGUGAAAUUUGAAAGUGCACAGAAGCAGACAAUAGCUUUUAUGGGGGCAAUAAACGAAAUCUACCAUACUCAAAGUUUUACAAAUACUUGUAAAUAUUUCUAAUAUCAAAAGUGAAAGAACCGCAUAGAUGUUUGAAAAUUAUUCAAAAAAAAGAUAGCUUACUACAAAGCUUUAGGGUGGUAAUCAAAAUAUAGAUCAGUGGGCCUUUAAGAAGCAGUCCACACAUUUAUGCAAAGUAUGGUUGUGUGUCAUGCAUCAGUGGCUCACCACACUGCCAAAAAUGAUUUUCCUUGUAUAUCUUGUUUUUUCCUUCCUCACAGAAAACAUAUCUUCCAGGAAGAAAAUUAUUUUGUCCCCAAGAAAUCAAGAAGUCCAUGGGGCAAACAAAUUUUAAAUUUUUGGGGGACGAUUUGAGAUUUGUUUUCUUGUAUUUCCAAAAAUGCUUUUUCUUGUUUAUCUUGUUUUGCUUCCUCACAGAAAAUCAUGUUUGGAGAAAGGGAAGGAAAAAUUCUCGUAUUUCUUUUGGUUAUAAAAAAAGCAAGAAUUUCUAGAAUUUUUUUCUUGCAUGAUAAAAAAAAAACAAGAAGGUUUUGCUUAAAUCUCUAGAAAAAAUUUUGAAGUUUCUCGUUUUGUUUGAAUUUUAUUCUACAUUUCCUUCCUGGAAGAAUUUUUUCAUAUAAGAAUCGUCCAUAGGGUGAGCUAAACAAGGAAAAAAUCAUUUUUGGCAGUGCAGUGUCCUUGUACAGUGUCCUUCAGUGAAAUUUCAACGCAUACAGAUGCUGUCACUUCGCCCAUUUAAUUACAUCUGUGUACUAAAGCUCCAUGGAAGUAUGAAAUGUGGCUUGAUACACCAGUCCGUACAAUCAUAGUUU